UGCAGGCUGAGGGCUCUGUGGACCAGUGAGGCUGUGUCACUAGGGUGGGAAACACAUCUAGAUGGAGGUGGUGGUGGCAGAGCCCUGGGGCGGUGGCCGCUGGAGCCCCCGCCCCUCUGGCAACCCAGCAGCCAGGGAGAGGCUGCCCACCCCUCCCUUGGCAGCAGCCUGAACAACCUUGGGCUUCUCACAGCUGGAGACAUAGGCUCUAAGCUGCAGCUGGGCCAGGCCCCGCCCCAGGCUGUUUUCCUCAGAGCCUUCCUGAGUGGCUAUUUUUGGCCCUCCUGGCAUAUACAGAAGGCUGGUGGGAAGGUAUAAAAGCAGCUGCCAGGCUGGUGAGGCUCGUCAGACAACCUGGUCCACCUGGACACACAGUCCUCCUUACCUUCCUCAUCCCAAGACCAACACCAGACCCCAGCCUAGGCCCAGAGUGUCCUGGGACUUCUUGCCGCCCCAGGCCCCCUCAGCUACAGGCUGCUCAUCUGCCCCAGCCAGGAGCCAUGCGGUCCCGGCUUCUGAUCUCUGUGACCCUCCUGCCUACAAUUCGGGAAACUUCGGAAGAGGUGCUGUCCAGGGGGCCUGAGCCCCCGCCCUCUCCCAGCCUGGACGAUUACGUGAGGUCCAUCUGUCAGCUAGCACAGCCCGCUUCUGUGCUGGAUGAGGCCCCUGCUGGGGACAGACCCAGCAGAUUGCACCGGCCAGCCCGGGCCUGUGAGAGGAGUCACCCUGCCAUGUCACUACAGGACAUCCCCACCUGCUUCAGCGGCCAGGGGCCCCUACUUCCCAGGGUUGGCACAGCCGACCCCCUGGACUGGCUCUUUGGGGAGUCCCAGGAGAAGCAGCCAACUAGAAAGGACUUGCUGAGGAGGACUGGCCUCUCUGCUAACCCCUGGGGUCUGCACAGACAGACAGACACUGGCAAGGCCAGAAGUGGGCCCAAAGCGAGGUUCUGUGAUGCCAGGGCCCCUGGGCACUCUCUGGCGAGGCUGCCACAGGGCAGGCACCUGAGCUCCAGCUGGGAUUCCAGGCAGCCCCGCCCCAGUGGCAGCGUUCUCAGAGCUCUCCACUCGGACCUCCCGGUGAUUCACGAACUCUGACCCUCCCAUAAGGCUUCCUCUGUAAGGGGCAUGCCUGGUCCAUGCGUCAGCCACCUUCCUGAGGGUCCCUCCCCCUCCUGUGUAACCUCCCCUUGGUGCACGCUGUCCCUGGCAGGCCUCUGCUUACAGGGGCUGCCUGCUUUGCCAGUUUAGAGCCAGACCUCUGUGCUGGAUGGUCACCUUGAGCAGGUGGCUCAGUUAAGUUUUCUCACGGGUAAAACUGGGGUAACUCACACUGCCUAUCUCCCCAGUGUUCUGACAAGUAAACGGGAUCGUGCACACACACACGCACAUGCACACACACACACACAGUGGGGUGCACAUGAAGAGCCAUGCAUGGGAUGGUGGUUGUGAUCACUUCACAGGCAAAGGUGGGGUGGAAGACAAGUUGUCUGCAUGCUAGGGGGCUCAGGGGGGGCCCCAGACACCACCAGGCCAGCCUGUGUACCCCACCCUCCACCAGUAUUCCAUGAGGCCCAAGAGAAGCACAGGGAGUCAGCAUGGCUGCCGCUGAGUUCCAGAGUGAGCCUUUCUCCUGCUGUCCAUCAAGAGUCCCCCAGUGCUGAACGAGUCUGGGACUGGCAUGCAAGGACAGCAUUCUGCACCCACUCAGGCCACAGGGAGCCAAAAGUCCGGACCAGGGGCUGUCCUCAUCCCUUCCCCAAGGCCUCCACCCACAGGCCCCUCAGCAAGGCCAGGCUCUCCACUUCGGAGUCCAACAGUCCCUGCACAUCAGGCAAGCCAGGGGCCUGGGGCUCACUCCAUGUGCCCUAAGGCCUAGGCCAGGUGCAGUCUAAGCGAGUGGGCCUGAGCCAAGCUAGCCUGGACCAGUCCUGGACCCUAUAGCUGGGUGGGCCCUGGUUCCUGGAGAAAUCUGGAAGCGUGAGGGUGGGUGGUAACGGUGGAGAAGGAGGAUUCUGUCCCCCAGAGAGCCAGGAGCAGCCUCAGAGAUCUAGAAGGGUCAGGCCUCAGGAUCCCUCACAUACCUGUUCCCUUGAGUGGGCUGGAGCUGGCUGACCCUGGUGAGGAAGAAAAACCCAGAACACUGGGUGCUCGGAGAAGGGGGGCGGAGGACGGAGAUGGGGGCCUGGAGCCGAGCUCUGCCACAGAGCCUCCUCCCUCCUUGCUCUGUGCACUGCCUAUCCAUUUUUUUUUUUUUUUGCUAUUUUAAAUUGCUUUAAAAAAUACCAACCCUAUUGCCGUCGAGUGGAUUCCAACUCACAGCGACACUACAGGACAGAGUAGACCUGCCCCAUAGGAUUUCCAAGGAGCAGCUCGUGGAUUCCAACUGCCGACCUUUAGGUUAACAGGCAAGCUCUUAACCUCGGGGCUGCCAGGGCUCCAACCAGUGCCCCUUAAAUUGCUUUCGACAUUUUAAAUGCUUCUCUGUUCUCUUUUGUGUGCUUUGCGGAAAGGCAGAAUGUAAAUCACACAUUAAAAAGAAAGUUUCAGACAAGUAAUUUACUCAGUCCCCUACCUGUACAGUGGGGACACCCCCCACCUUCAUAUCCUGCAGGGGCGGGGGGUGGCGCAAUGGACAAGUGACCUUGGAGGUGUGGUUCCAAGCUCCACAUACAAAUAUUCAGUGUCUGGCACAAUCUACUGAGUCUUUGAGUCUCAACCUGCAGGUCCCACUUCUGCAAAUGCCCUGGGGCCGCUGUAGCCAGAGUGUCCUCAGGAGGUGAGGGGGAGGGCUGGCCUGCCGAGCCAGUGACUGGAUGAACCCAGUUUGGUCUGAUGCUGGACCUGGUCAGCCUCGCCACAGCCCUUCUGAGAACAAACAGCAUGAAAGAAACCUGGCGUUGCAGGAGGCCGGUUGGCAACAGGGUAGCAUUGGCCAGUGCCCCCCAGGCUCAAAAACCCUGCUGCCACAUCUGGUAAGGUCAGAUGGGUUGAGGGGGGCGACACCCUAUGCUCUGGGCUCCUCUGCGCACAUCCACAGAAGGCAAAAGAGGUUAAUGACACCUUCAGAAGGCGCCAAAAAAGCAAUCAUGGGUUUUGGCAGGGCCUCAAGCUCCUGUUGUACAGAAGGGCCGAGCAGCAGAAUUGUUUCCCUUCACUCUAGGUCUUCCUGGUGAAGGCCCCUGCGGACGUCACAUUCGUCCUCUGCUCACUGCUGCGGAAUGGC